AAAUGCUAGUUAAUUAUCUGUUUUUACUAAUGAGCAUCAUACAACGUUAUUGCGAUCAUUGCAUUCUGUGCUUGAGAGAACAUCAGAGAUGCUUUUGCAUGAGAUUAUUUUAAUAAAUGAUUAUAGUGACAGUGAUAUGUUACAUGAGAAAAUAAAAAUAUAUAUUAGAAACAAUUUCGAUGCUAGAGUACGAUUAUUUAAAACUGAGAAGAGAGAAGGUUUAAUCAGAGCACGGGUAUUUGGAGCCAGGAAAGCAACUGGCAAAGUUUUAAUUUUUCUGGAUAGUCAUAUAGAAGUAAAUGAAAUGUGGAUAGAACCGCUUCUUUCAAGAAUUGCUUUUUCAAAUAAUAUUGUACCAAUGCCUGUAAUUGAUAUUAUAAAUGCAGAUACAUUCCAAUAUACUGGGAGUCCAUUGGUGAGAGGUGGCUUUAAUUGGGGUCUUCAUUUUAAAUGGGAUAAUUUACCAGUUGGGACAUUAAAACGUGAUAAAGAUUUUGUAAAGCCCAUCAAAUCACCAACUAUGGCUGGGGGAUUGUUUGCUAUUGAUAGAGAAUAUUUUACAAAAAUGGGAGAAUAUGACACCGGUAUGGAUGUUUGGGGUGGAGAGAAUCUCGAGAUAUCAUUCCGAUUAUGGAUGUGUGGUGGCAGUAUCGAGCUUAUUCCCUGUUCACGAGUGGGUCAUGUGUUUAGAAGACGGCGGCCAUAUGGUUCGGAUGAUCCACAUGAUACAAUGUUAAAGAAUUCUUUGCGAGUUGCACACGUAUGGAUGGACGAAUAUAAAGAUUAUUUUUUAAAAAAUGCUAGAACAAUUGACUAUGGCGAUAUCUCAGAGCGACUAGCAUUGCGUCAGAGAUUAACAUGUAAGACAUUUGGCUGGUAUUUGAAAAUGGUUUAUCCUGAACUAACAUUGCCAGAUGAUACAGAAAGACGGCUGAAAGAUAAAUGGUCUAAACUCGAUCAGAGACCGAUGCAACCUUGGCACUCGAAGAAGAGAAAUUAUACCGAUCAGUAUCAAAUCAGACUUUCAAAUACUGUGCUUUGUAUUCAGAGUGAAAAAGAUAUUAAAACUAAAGGUUCAAAACUUAUUUUAAUGCCAUGUUUAAGAGUUAAAUCACAAAUGUGGUACGAAACUGAUAAAAAUGAAUUGGUACUUGGGCAGAUGUUGUGCUUGGAAGGAGCUGAAAAGAUUCCGAAACUUGGAAAAUGUCAUGAAAUGGGAGGAAGCCAAGAUUGGCGUCAUAAACGCAUUGUAAGAUCUUUUUUUUUUAAUGUAAUUCUUGAAAAUUUAGGUUUGCUUUUUAUUGCCGCACUAGAGCUGCACUAGAAUUGAAUUGAAUUGAAUUGAAUUGAAUUGAA